GGAUUAAGUUGCUACUCUAAACAAGAUGGCGGAAUACGAAGCAUUUAGAGGUGAAUCUGUUGUUGAUGAUAGAGUGCCAUGCUCAAUAUGUAGCAGGAAGUUUAUGCCAGAAUCACUAGGCAAACAUGAACCUAUCUGUGCCAAAUCAAAUGCCAAGAAGAGGAAGGUGUUUGACUCAGCUAAACAUAGGGCUGCUGGAACUGAUAUAAAAUUAGCAAAAGACAGACCAAAACCUGGAGCCAUACAGCCAGCUGCAGCGCCCAAGUCUAAUUGGCGUGAAGAACACGAGGACUUCAUCAGAAACAUCAGGGCUGCCAGGGGAGCCCAACAUGCCAUGAAAACAGGGGCUCCCUUACCACCCCCUCCCCCAGCUAAAGUACCCAAAGAUUAUGUACAUUGUGACUACUGUGAUCGAAACUUUAAUGCCACAGCUGCCGAACGACAUAUUCCAUUCUGCCGGGAGAAGUCAGGUAGAGUUCUUAAGAAUAUGCCAACUGCAGAUGCUAAAGCCAGAAGGGAAGCAACCCUAAAGUAUAAAGCACCCAGGUUGAAGCCAAAAACUAUGAGCCCCUCUGGAGGUAUGAGUGGUCCAGGAGGGGGUUAUGGAGACCCAGGGUCUACUAUGCCAGCUAGAUCUGCACCCCGGGGGCCCUCAGCUAGCUCUAAGUAUGGUGGCACAAUUCCUAGCAAGAGCGCAACACCAGGUGGGCGUGGCCCAACUACAGGGGGCCCUAGGCGGGUGACAGCAGCCCUAUCUAGUAGUUCUAGUGGGCAGAGUUCACCUGCAGGGUAUGAUCCCUAUGGAAAGGAGCCAGAGAGGUCAUAUACCACAAAUGCAGCAAGAACAAGGGCCAUGCAAUCCAGCAACAAAUACCAGGCAAGUAAUUAUGAGGAUGAUCCAGAUCCUGGUUACAGCAGUGGAAAAGCAUUGAGGACGGGCCGCAACCAGCAGACCCUAUCAGCAGGCAAGAACCUCCAUAGAGGCAAGCAAACACCCAACAGUCUCGAAAUUCAUGGGUCUGGAGGCUCGCGUGCGGGAUCCUCAAGCUACAGGGGACAAGUUGAAUCCCCAAUAAGAACAUCAUUGAGCCCGAUGUAUUCGCCAGAGAACACUCCUUCACCGCCAGCAGUUGGCAGACCCCAUUCAGCGAAACAUCGCGGUAGAAUAAUACACGAGCCCCAUGUACAAACUGAAGAACAUUUACCGUCUAUGGGUCGAGUAGGCAGUGCUGCUAAAUUCUGUCAUGAAUGUGGAACUAAGUUUCCAGUACCAACAGCUAAGUUCUGCUGUGAGUGUGGCGUGAAGAGGGUGAAGAUUUCCCAAUAGAGAAUUAUAUUGAACAAAACCCAUUUUUCAAGUACCAUAUUUGCUGAAUUUAGUGCCCUGUUCUGUCAUAAACACUGAUGCCUCAUCGUUCAAAGGUUUUGUGAGACCUCUUCUAUCACAGGAAGGUCAGGAAUUUUUGAAGACUUGAAAUGCAUACUCCCUACCCACAUGGAGGGGUCUCACGCAAUUUUUUAAAUGGAAAAUAUUAGUAUCAUACCAUUUCCACCCUCUGUAGGUUUAAUUAGGUGUGGGCACUAAUGCCUGGCACUAAUUUACCAAAUAUGGUAUAUAGUAUAUCUAUAACAUACCUUACACAUGACAUUGAAUAGGACACACAUAUUACGCAGGUUUUAAGGGCUUGUGACAUCCGGGUGUGCCUGGGUGGGAGAUCAUAUUUCAAUUAAUACAAUAUUGACCUUGACAUUUUAAAGAAAGUACAGGGUGACACAAAAAUGCCACCCUCCAAUUUUGGAAUAACUCUCUCAAUAACUAUCUACAAGUGCA